CCUCAACAAGCACAGAGAACGAGAGGUUUCGAGCGUAAUUCAGGCAGUCAAGUGCCUCUGCGAGAUUGGAACGGUCCAUUGAAAACCGCCUCUUUGACGCUUCGGCUUACCCAUACCCGCCCGACCUUUGCUACUUCGCCAUGGUGUUGAUGACCAUGGUGGCCAGGGUGGUGGAUGGCCUGCCCUUGGCCGCCUCCAUCCAAGAGGAUGAUCAGUUGGGCAAGAAUGUGGUGGACUAUCAAAAUCAGGCCAAGCGACUCUUCAAGACGCUCACAGCCACGUCGCCCAUCAAAUGUUCCAUCGAAUCCGGACCUUAUCUGUUCCAUUACAUUAUCGAGCAGGACGUGUGCUUCCUGACCCUCUGUGAUCGUGCAUUUAACAAGAAAAUGGCCUACUCGUUCCUGGAGGACCUCUCCCAAGAGUUCUACAGCCAGUAUGGACACAAGAUCAACACCGCCACACGACCCUACUCCUUCAUCGAAUUCGAUACGUACAUUCAAAAGGCCAAGAAGACUUAUUCGGAUAGUCGAGGUGGGCGGCAUCUGAAUGCCUUGAACACGGAGCUCCAGGAUGUCCAGCGCAUCAUGGUGCAAAACAUUGAUGACGUUCUUCAACGAGGAGCCAUUCUUUCAGAGCUCGAUUCCCGAGCCCAGAAUCUGUCCAUGAUGUCAGCCAAGUAUAAGAAGGAUGCGGCAUCGUUAAACGCCGUAUCGUGGGCUGCUGUGGGUGCGGGGGUGUCCGUCCUCUUCUUUGUGUUUUUCAUCUGGUACAAGUUUCUGCUCUAAAAUGAAGGCCGACCUGGUGAAGAGAAACUUUUACAACCAUUUAACCAUCCCACAACCAACACCGAACGCGCUCUUACUGGGCCGCUGAAUUCAUCAAAUUACCUUGUUCUUUAAUACCGUUAUUCAUACAUCUAGAUAUUUCAAAUAA